AUGGACUUCCCCAUGAACCUGACCUACCUGCCCUCCGCCGCGCCCUCCCCGGAGGCCGCCAACGGCAGCAGCCUGGGCGCGGGCGGCGCGCGCCCCGGGCACCCGCUGCUGUCCGUCUCCGGGGUCCUGCUGCUGACCUUCCUCGGCGUGCUCGUGGCGGCCACCUUCGCCUGGAACGUGCUGGUGCUGGCCACCAUCCUCCGCGUGCGCACCUUCCACCGCGUGCCGCACAACCUGGUGGCGUCCAUGGCCGUCGCGGACGUGCUGGUGGCGGCGCUGGUCAUGCCGCUGAGCCUGGUGCACGAGCUGUCGGGGCGGCGCUGGCACCUGGGCCGCCGCCUGUGCCAGCUGUGGAUCGCGUGCGACGUGCUGUGCUGCACCGCCAGCAUCUGGAACGUGAUGGCCAUCGCGCUGGACCGCUACUGGUCCAUCACCCGCCACCUGGAGUACACGCUGCGCACCCGCCGGCGCGCGGCCAAGGCGAUGAUCGCGCUCACGUGGGCGCUGUCCGCGGUCAUCUCGCUGGCGCCGCUGCUCUUCGGCUGGGGCGAGACGUACUCGGAGCGCAGCGGCGCGUGCCAGGUGAGCCGCGCGCCCUCCUACGCCGUCUUCUCCACGGUGGGCGCCUUCUUCCUGCCGCUGUGCGUCGUGGUCUUCGUCUACUGGAAGAUCUACAAGGCGGCCAAGUCCCGCGGCGGCUUCAGGAAGCUCAACAGCGUCGCGCCGCUGGCGGGGCCCGCGCAGGCGAAGGGCGCCGCCCAGCCGGCCCAGACCCUGUUCACUGCCCGGACGGCCACGGUCACCUUCCACACCGAAGGGGACACGUGGCGGGAGCAGAAGGAGCAGAGGGCGGCCCUCAUGGUGGGCAUCCUCAUCGGGGUGUUUGUGCUCUGCUGGAUCCCCUUCUUCAGCACGGAGCUCAUCGGCCCCCUCUGCUCCUGCGACGUCCCUGCCAUCUGGAAGAGCAUCUUCCUCUGGCUGGGCUACUCCAACUCCCUCUUCAACCCCCUCAUCUACACGGCUUUCAACAAGACCUACAGCAGCGCCUUCAAGAGCUUCUUUUCCAAGCAGCACUGAGCGCAGGCCAUGGGUCUUGUUUCAGGUAUUCUGCUC